GGAACCCUAAAAAAUCAGAUAAUCCAAAGAAAUGCAGAGAAGCGAUCAAACAUCAGCUCACCAUGGCUGCCGAGGUGAUGCUAAUGAACGAGAUUGAGGCGACGGCUGCACAAAUGGGCAUCGAUAUGAACAUAGAUUUCAGCUCCAUCCAACUUCCUCCUGGUGAAAACUUUGGCAUCAUCAGUGACGACGAUGAUGUUUACCAUGAUGAGCAAUUAGAGUUAGAUUCCGGAUUUGGAAACGUCAUUGUUGUCGAUAAUCUUCCUGUUGUUCCUUGUGAAAAGUUUGAGAAUCUCGAAGGUGUUCUUCGAAAAAUCUAUAGUCGGAUCGGGGUGAUUAAGGAAGAUGGUCUCUGGAUGCCCGUAGAUCCUGAGACGAAGAAAACCCUAGGUUACUGCUUUAUAGAGUAUAAUACUCCUCAGGAAGCUGAGCUUGCUAGGGAGAAGACUCAUGGGUACAAGUUGGAUAGAGCCCAUAUUUUUGUUGUGAACAUGUUCGAUGAUUUUGACAAGUACAUGAAGGUUCCUGAUGAAUGGGCUCCACCCGAGAUUAAACCCUACACACCAGGGGAAAAUCUUCAAAAAUGGCUUGCUGAUGAGAAGGCACGAGAUCAAUUUGUGAUUCGUUCUGGCACAGAUACUGAGGUUUUAUGGAAUGAUGCAAGGCAGUCUAAAACUGAGCUUGUAUACAAACGAACUGUAAGAGUAUUGGACUGAGAGCUUUGUUCAGUGGUAUCCCAUGGGUACAUACUUGGCAACAGUUCACAGGCAAGGAGCAGCAGUUUGGGGAGG